AUGAACAACAACAUCUCUUCCUGUCGUGAUUCUGCUGAACAGACCACACAUCACCAUGGUGGUGAUCCUGAACAAAACUCCAAUAAUUGUUCUCAAAGUUCGGAAUCUUGUUUGAUUCAAUUUCCUAUCGAGGUUUGGACACAUAUUUUCGGCUUUCUUGAAUUUGACCAGGUCAAACGAAUUUCUCUCAAAAUUAGUUCUAAACUUGCUCAUUACUUUCUAAAUGAUGAAAAUGAAUUGUUCUAUCGUCUCCUCUGCUAUUUUGAAUUGAAACAAGAUUUGGAGGAGUGUUUGGAGACAAUUCUCAAUAGGAAGACUACGAAUGUAGCCUAUUACCGAAAACAUAGAAGAGGUUUAUUGCAACCUGAACAGGUUAAAUUCAAACCAUCAUUCGAGUCUUAUCCAAAAUCAAUGUCUCAACUACGUUCAAUCCUCAAAAAAAAGGUGGAAAAAAUCAAGAACUUAUUUCCUGAGCUCUACUGUGACAUGGAAGAGAAAACCAUGAAUGCCCUUAAAAGAACUUAUUGUGGGCAAAUAGAAAUUGAAAUUGAAAACGAUGAAGUGUAUCAUGACGGUCUAAUUUCCAUUGCCCAACAAAAGAUAGAUGUCAAGAAUUUUACUUUGAAACGCAAACGAAAAAGUCCGAAAUGGAAAACUAUUUGGACUCAUCUUUUUGAAAAUCAAUAUUAUAGAAAAGCAUCUCAGUAUUUGCAAAUAUUGGCCAAUCUGCUUCGAACUAGUGGUCGACGAAACAUCAAUUAUAGGAGACUUAGAAUUGAUAUCAUUAGAAAAAUACUUGAUGCCUUGAAAUGGUUAACUCCACAACAACGGCACAAACUCAUGUUCAAAACAUACACAUUCACUCCAAAAUACAAGUAUCCACACCAACCACAAAACCGAAAUCUCAAAUCUGGCCUUUUUCACUCCUUUGUUUAUCAUACGUUUAUGAUGCUUCAGCAUCAUAGAGAAGAUUAUCAAAUUCAUGAAUUUGUGGAAGCAUGUUCAGAGUUUAUUUUGUACUUUUUGCAGGAGUCUGGAAAUGGAGCCAUUCUCAUGGAACAAUUAAUUCCAAAUAACUGUGCACUAAUCUUGCUCAUGAAAAUUCCAGAUGUGAAAUUUGUGCCAACUGUUUUACAGAUUUUGCGUUCAUAUACCCACACCAUACGAAAGGCACCCGACUAUAUGUUGUUUCGUCUUUUGACAUGUGGCAUGAAAUUUUGUGUGAACAUGGCCAUCAUUCGUGAACUCUUUCAAAGGAACAUCAUUACCAAAGAGUUGUUAUCAAUGGAUCCUCCACCUUCAAGAAAAAAGUUAAAUAUUUUUCAUUAUGCCAUGGCUUCAGUGAAUCGAUGGGUGUAUGACUAUUACGAUUAUUAUUGGUACUACAGUGAUGUAUUUAAUUUGAUUAUUUGCACCUUAGAUGGAAAGGCACUUCCUAAAUCAAUUCUUGAUGAAAGAAGGAGAGUCAAUAAUAAUAGUAAUUCAAGGAAUGACUCCAAAAGACUGAUUAUUCAGCCCAAAUCCAAAAUUUGUCGUAAAUUAUUGGAAGUUCUUGAUUUCUGGACUCCCCGUAACGAAUAUUCAAAAACAUUUCAUGAACAAGUGACAAAGUUCUCUGAUGAUUCUCUAUUUUAUUGGGAUGAAUAUGUGGCUUUUGAAAAACGAAAGUUUGGAAACCUCAAUGAUUUUAAAAGAAGAAAAUAA